AUGGGAAUCUUUGGCAAGAUCAAGUUCUACACCAAGUCGUUUGUUUUCGGCUCCUUGCUUCUUGUAUGCGCCCUUUACGGUGUUUUUGCCAGUAUCAUCCUAAGAAUAGUGGGCAAAGAAGAGUAUGCUCAGUAUACUGUAGCCCGAGUAUUCCAUUUUCUUUUUUCGAAAAUCUUGGGCGUGAAGGUGACAAUUAAGAAUGAACAUCUCUUGCAAAACCCAUCGGUUGUUGUUUCAAACCACCAGUCAGCUUUGGAUAUCUUGAUUUUGGGCAGAUUGUUCCAGCCCGGGUUUACUGUCACUGCCAAGAACUCAUUGAAAUAUGUGCCAUUUUUGGGCUGGUUUAUGCUUGCGUCAAAAACCUUCUUUUUGGACAGAUCUAAAAGCGAGAAAGCGAGGAAAGUAUUGGGGAAUGCCCUCUCUGUGCUCAAGAUACAAAAGCGCUCCAUCUUCAUGUUCCCCGAGGGAACAAGGUCCGCUGCCAAGAAAUUGGAAUUGCUUCCUUUCAAAAAGGGCGCAUUCCACCUAGCCAAGCAGGGCCGCAUCCCGGUGACUCCUGUUGCCGUCUCAAACUACAGCACGAUAUUCCAUUCAGGCGACAAAGUGUUCAACCAGGGAGAAAUUGUCAUCGAGGUGUUGAAGCCCAUGUCCACAGAAAAUCUCAAGACGAAUGAAGAUGUGACGAAGUUCACCAAUGAGGUCAGUGAGAAGAUGCUCAAGACAAUAGAGUCCUUAGGAUACGCAUCUACGAAGGCGCAUAAAGUGAAGGAGGCUCAACGCCUCGCAGCUGAGUCUUCUGAUGUCCAGUCGGAUGUAAGUGUGGAGGUUGUUGACGAGACAAGGCCGUUGAUUUCCACAGAUUAG